UAACCAACAUUAAUGCCUCUCACCACUAGUCCUUGGCCAUGUUAUGUACUGCAAAUGUUAGACAGGAUUGUAACGACUCAAAGAUACAUUGCAGUUUGAUACCAAACAACAUCACAACGCUGGACACCCAGCUCUUUUUCACCGUUUCUGGUGAUUAUGUAAGAUGUGUUGUGAGCACGUUUUAAAUUUAACCUAGUCGUUACACAUUAGCGCUGAAGCCGUAAUAUAUUCUUUCAUUUUAUUACAAAAUAUUGUGAAAUUUAGACAUCGUCGAGUAAAACCAAUCUAACUUUUGCCCACCAAAACAAACCUACCUGACGCCGAGGAGUUGCCAACCUACUUACAUGACAAUCUAGUGUAUCUUGCGUAGCGCAAGCCUCCGUUCAACUCGACUCUCUUAGCGGUGAGGAUGCUCCCUCCUCUUGUUCGAGAGUUUUUGUCUGUCUGUCUAUUACAGCCGUUCUUCAGCUCACGACCCCCCCCUCCUCCCUGUAUGAGUAAUGAGAUUCACUACGUGAAGGUGGGCAACACCAGCAAGCAACCUGAUUUCUCUCAGCAGCUGGAGUCCUACAUCAUCAAUAGAGUUUGCAGAUAGUGCUUCUUUUCUGAAUUGCGUCAGGCCUGAUCACAAGAACAAGGCUGAUGCUAUCUGUCUGUGCGCUGAAAACACAUUCUCGGGGGAAGAGGAUGGGAAAAUGUGAAGAAACAUUGUAAGAAGGACAUCAGCUGGCGUCGCCACCAACAUCAAUCUAGCGAAGGGACACUCCACUCCAGCAACGGCCUCAUGUCGGUUGAAAAAAGGGUUUGUAUAGACGUAAAGGAAUGGCUAAUGACAUGGACGCGACCUCUGAGAGAAUUCUUUUGGAACCAUACAAGUAUUUGCUACAGCUGCCGGGAAAACAGUUUAGGACGAAACUCUCCCAAGCGUUCAACCACUGGCUCAACGUUCCAGAGGAUAAACUUCAGGUGAUCAUUGAGGCGACUGAGAUGCUUCACAAUGCCAGCCUGCUGAUAGACGACAUUGAGGACAGCUCCAAGCUGCGGCGAGGCUUCCCUGUGGCCCACAGCAUCUACGGCAUUCCCUCCGUCAUCAACUCGGCCAAUUACGUCUAUUUCUUGGGGCUGGAGAAGGUUCUGACUCUGGACCACUCAGAAGCCGUGCAGGUGUUUACCCAACAGCUGUUGGAGCUGCACCGUGGCCAGGGCCUGGACAUCCACUGGAGGGACACGUACACCUGCCCCACUGAGCAGGAGUACCGCAGCAUGGUGUUGCAAAAGACCGGCGGCCUCUUUGGCCUGGCCGUGGGGCUCAUGCAGCUGUUCUCUGACUGGAAGCGAGACCUGAAGCCCCUCUUGGACACGCUGGGCCUCUUCUUUCAAAUCCUCGAUGACUACAACAACCUCAGCUCGCAGGAGUACAGCAACAACAAGAGCUUCUGCGAGGACCUGACCGAGGGCAAGUUCUCUUUCCUCACUAUUCACGCCAUAUGGUCACAGCCAGAGAGCACCCAGGUGCAGAACAUACUGAGGCAGCGCACGGAGAACGUGGACCUCAAGCGCUACUGCGUGGAUUACCUGGAGAAGGUGGGCUCAUUCGCUUACACCCGCCAAACCCUGCGGAGCCUGGAGGCCGAGGCCUACAAGCUGAUCAGAGACCUGGGCGGAAACCCUGAGCUGGAGGGUCUGGUUAAACACCUCAGUAAAAUGUACCAGGAGGAUGAGAAAAAGGCAGUGACUGAAACGCACUCUUGCUUGAACCACUGACUUUGCACAUCUCCAGCUGGUCCAGUACACACACGCUCGCACACAUGCAUGCACAAAGGAGAUUUAUACCCCCCUUACAUAGUCCAAUGAGAUAAAGACUUCACUAUCAGGCUUAUAGCACAUUGAUGUAGAACAUCCUCACAAAUGUAUGGCCCUAAUGACAUGGACAAUAUACAUACAUUAAAAAUCUGGCUAGUAUCAAUGCAAAGUUGACUUGAGGUGUGUGUCAUCGUGGUAUUACGAAUGUAAAUUGUGCAUGUCACGAUGUGUAAGACACCAUCUUAUCCAUCCUAAACCUCAGUACCUAUCUCGACUUUAACUUCUGAUGUUGCCAGCUUUGACCUCGUACGCCACCUGUGAGAUACCAAAGCACUCCCAAAUCCAAACUUAGUCAUUUCAUGUGCUCGAGUGCCUCCUCGAAAAAUGUCGCUCAUUAAUCUUUGUAGUCCCUGUGUAUGUACGAAUACAAGCAAUCAGAGUGAAAGAAACUGAAGUGUAAGGAAGAAGACCUUGGUAGAGUUUUAGGUUUGCUUGUCUGGGUUUUCUACAAACGAGAAGACAUGAAUGAAGCCUUGGAACUCGACGACUACUGCACUGCAUACAAAUGUAAUAGUAUGCAUCUCCAUAUGUGUCUGUCUGUGUAUGAGAAGCUAGUUUGGCUCCUUAAAGUAUGCUGCCAUAGUGCCAAUUUUGUGUAGAAAGCCCUUCGCUACUGACUCGUCUGGUUCUGUUGUCUGUAACAAGCCUAUGUGGCAUUGAGGUUUGCUGUGAAAGGAUUCUUUAUUGGGUUACUGCAAGUCUUAGGCGGUGUCCCUGUGUCAUGUCUUGACUUUUUUUUUUGAAACCUCCCGUUGACUCGUCAGAUUUGUUCUACAAUGUUCCACUUUGUUUUAAUCAAACACUGUAAGUCACUGUUCAGUAAAGAUCAGUAAAGAGUGAGGGUUCAUUAUUUAUAAAGUUUAGUUAUUGAAAUAAAACACUCUUCUCCCCCUGGUGUUGCUUUUGAAUUCUAAGGCAUUCACAAUUUGAUACAUGUGCUGUGGCUCGGGCGUUACAGUUCUGAAUGCACCGUGUCAUGGAAGAGCGGUAACAUCUCCAGCACCGUCUACCGAGCACACCGCUGCAGCUUGAAGCGGAAAUCCGCAGCUUUACUCCCUUAACAAAUCCUCAUUCUCUCUGUACAUUGUGCAGGUACAAAGAGUGGAUAUGGCCCCCGUCUUAAGGCCCCUAUCGUUUCAGUUGACGUUGUGCUUAAAUGGUGCAGAUUACCAGAACAACUUGCAUAUAAUCAAAUUGGGACCAUCCAACUGACACACGGUAAACCUGGAGCCUCGGGGGGCCGCUGAAGGUCCGGGGCCCUUUACCCAGUCAGUAAUCCAGCCCUGACCUGUGUUAGUUUGGUCCGGGGGUGCCGUUUUAACAAGGGUGCAGACUAUUUACUAAUGAACUGACGGUAUAUGAACCACAGUGGCAGCCACACCUUGUUUGUAGUCUGUAUAAAAUCAGCUGCUGCAGGUCUUCUUCUCUCUGCCUCCUACAUGGAACUACACUGGAACAUUGUUCUACUGGGAUAGUGAUUGUCCGGCAUAGGGCUGUGCCAUAUGACGAUAUACAUCGUGUGAUGAUAGAAAACGUCUUAUCGUCAUUUGGACGACCCUUUCCACUCUUUGCACAGCACGGACGCAGGCAGGAAAUUUGCAUGAAGGCAAUACAAACAAACAUGGAGGACAGCGUACAUAACGCAGAACAGGGUAACUCCGACCAGCCAGGACAAAACGAGGAGCUUCUACCUGAAAGAGAGGCUACUUCUGUCGUACGGACGUGGUUUGGGUAUGAAAAGUCUGACACGGACCAGAAAACCAUCCAUCCAUCCAUUAUCCAAACGGCUUAUCCUGCUCUCAUGGUCGCGGAGAUGUUGGAGCCUAUCCCAGCAGUCAUUGGGCGGCAGGCGGGGAGACCCACUGAACAGGCCGCCAGGCCAUCAUACAGGACUGUGGGAGGAAACCCACGCAGACACGGGGAGAACGUGCAAACGCCACACACAGGACGACCCCCGAGGUUGGACUACCCACCGUCUUGCUGUGAGGCCACCGCGCCAGGACCAGAAAACCGUACUGCAGGAAACAUGCCGCACGCCGAUCCCCACAACAGACUCGAACACCACUCGGCUGUUUUACCACCUACACAAGAGUCAUGUUACAUGCUUAAUUGAACAUUUGCGCAAAGGUCCUAAAUAAAAGGGAGAAAAAUCAAA